CAUUAAAUACUAUGGCCUUCAGGGUGCGGCAGAUCUGCUCGGCAGAAGAGGUAGCUGCAGUGUUCCUCCCGAAAGAGGUUGAAGUCGGGUGGAGACCUGGGGCUCUUGAUCAUGUAAGCUUUUUUCCAACCGAUAAGUCGGGAUUUUAUGCGGGAGAAUUAGACGGAAAGGUUAUCAGCUGUAUUUCUGUCGUGAAAUACUCCAAAGAUUAUGCUUUUGUAGGCCAAUACAUCGUAGACAAACCAUACCGUGGGAAGGGGUAUGGGCUAGCUACUUGGAAUUAUUCAUUUCGCUCAAUACCAGAGGGCUGUAAUUGUGCACUCAACGCAGUGGACGAAAUGAUACCAAUGUACCGGCCUCAUGGUUUUAAGCCAGAGUGGAGAAUCAAACGCACCACUUUCAAAGUAUCCAAAGAACUGUUGCAGCGCUUAGUCCCUAAUGGAGUGGUAAUUAAACCUGCAGUUGAAGUUCCGUUUAAAGAAUUAUUAGAGUAUGACACAUCUGUGUAUCUAUAUGCCCGCCCGUCAUUUCUAGAGAAGUGGAUCUCCGCCCCAAAUUGUCAUAGCUACGCAGCAAUCAACCAAGAGGGACAAGUAGAGGGGUAUGCUGUUAUCCGUAGUGCAUUUAGGAAAGAGGAUGGCUGGAGAAUAGGCCCAGUGUUUGCCAACAAUUCCACAAUUGCCAGAAAUCUUUAUCGCACUAUGAUUGACAGGGUCGCAGCUCAAGAUCCUACAGCAACUCUAACUGUGGACAUACCUUAUGGUAGUGGUUUUAAUCCAGAAGGCCUUGAUAUUGCAGCUGAGCUCUCUGGGAACACUGAGGUGGAGCUAGUUCGAAUGUAUACAAAGGGGGUUCCUCCGAAAAUGCCUCUUGAGAAAAUAUUUGCGGAAACAACUCUUGAACUUGGUUGAAUCUUAUCAGUGGUGCUAUGAAUGUAUAUAGAACGUAAGAGAAUUGUAUUUUUGUGUGCAUACAUUACUUUUUGUUAGAAAAGCCUUGCCCUGGCCGCUGACCCUCAUAUGCAGUAAGAGCACGUAUCACAUGUUUAGACAGAGGGCAUGGAUUGUUAAUUUAAGUGGGCAAUUCACAUGAUUAUAAAUCCUAAUGGAGGGAUAAUAUACUGAUUCAAGUCUCUCAGCACUCAGCACAUCAUUACCAGCUACAAACGUUUUGUGUGCAGCGAGUGCAGUGAGGCUAUCGCAAGCACUUUGCUACAAGCAAUGUGCGGAACAUCUCAUUAGCUAACAUUCAACACCCACCCGGGGGUUUACCUUUGGCAUUUCACCAUGCCCUCUCUCCUGCAUAAGGCUGUGCUUGCUAUGAUGCAGAACUGAUAGGACACCCACAUGGCAAGGAGCACCCUUUAUACCUAGGUCUUGCUAGCUGACCUCUCUAAUGGUACUGCCCUACACUAUUGUUUUACCUCGUUAUUUUUGUGCUGCUAUUCCUAUGGAUGUUAUUUAUUUUAUUAUGAUUAUCGCAGAUUAUUUUGAUACCUUUUGA